AAGAGGAAAAAAGGAAAAAAAAAAAAAAAACUAUAGUGGAGACGAGAGAGAGAGAGAGAGAGAGAGCAAGCAAGCUAGUGCGGAUAGGAAGAGGGAAUGGCAGCGAACGUUUUGAAAUGUGGCACGGGCAUAGGCGCGCGUCUGAUAUUCCUAUCUCCGUCUCCUAAAUCUCCACGGCCCUUUGGGCAUUCACUUGCUCAUUUCCACCAAAUCACUGCGAAUAGUUAUCGUAGUAUUUGUAGCAAACCGAAAGUUUGUGAUUCUGCUGCUGAUGCGUCAUCACCAUGGGCAAGAAGAAGAAGCGUGGUCUCUUUUUGCGCCGCCACAGAUGCUGAGGAGGCACAGGUAGAGGCAGAGGCGAUAAGCGAUGGUGAUGAGGAACAGAAAAAGAUAAAGGAUGCAGCCGACCUGCUUGACAUAAGGGUUGGGCUAGUCCUUAGGGCAUGGAGGCAUGAGGAAGCUGAUUCUCUUUACGUGGAAGAGGUUGACAUCGGAGAGCCUGAACCCAGAAUCAUCUGCAGUGGGCUUGUCAAUUACAUUCCUAUUGAUCACAUUCAGGAGAGAAAAGUAGUUGUCCUUGCUAAUCUGAAGCCCAGGAACAUGCGGGGUGUCAAGUCUUGUGGAAUGCUUAUGGCCGCUUCUGAUGCUUCCCAUGAGAAUGUUGAGCUUCUUGUGCCUCCUGAGGGUUCACUUCCUGGCCAAAGGAUAUGGUUUGGCUCUGAAGAUGAUCAUCAAAAUCAGCCUCCUCCUGCCACACCUAACCAGAUUCAAAAGAAAAAGAUAUGGGAGCUGGUGCAACCUCAUCUGAAGACAGAUGAUACUUGUAUGGCUAUGCUUAGGAUGCAUAUAAUGCGGACAUCUGCAGGUGUGAUAAUCAGCAGAUCUCUAAAACACGCAAAUAUCUCCUAAUUAGACCUGGAACUUAAUGCCAUUACUGUCACACAUUCUUGUUACCAAUUUGUAAGUUCAUAACAGCCAUAUGAUGCUUCAGAACUGUUUUGUUAAGAAAUGGCAUUAUAUGUUUGCUUCAUUUCUGAGGGUUACAUUACAUGGUAUUUUUGUUAUAACCAGAUAACCAGGCGCCCAUUACUAGAACAUCUGAUUUUGGGGCUUA